GUUGUUCGGUUUCGUCCGGACCACUUAAGGAAAUCUAAGCGGCCUACAGAUUCUUGUGCAAGUUGUUCGAAUUAAAAAUGAAGAGCCUUGCAGUUUUGGCGUUGUAUGUUGUCAGUCUACGUUUCCUGGAAUGCUAUGUAGCAGCUGAUUUCUUCGAGCCCCAAGCAGAUCCAGGAGAACAAGAAUACACUGGACGAUAUAACUAUUUUCCGAGUGACCGCGAGGAAAAUGACGAAGACGAUGGAAUAGUGGAAAACAUCGAGGAAGGGUUUGAAAUGCCCCUCCAGGAUUUCGAAAAUUCAAAGGAAUUUCCUUCGCAGAAUUUCCGAUUGCGUGAUGGAGAUGAAGGCAAAGAAGUUUUCGAGAAUUCAAGGGCAUUUCCCGAGAUGGAUUCCCAGACUCCCGAAAAAGAGACAAAGAGAGAACUUUUGGAGGAACCAAGAAACCUUCAUGAAGAUCAUGUGAGGUCCUAUGGGCUAGAGUACAUUCAAAUUGUAAAGGUUAUAGCAAAGACUGGUCGGAACGACCCGCUGCGUUCCGGAGAAGGUCAAAGGAAGAAAUAUGGUGCAAAUCCACAACUGUUGAUCGUUCUAAAGAAUGGCGAGGAGUAUCGUGCAGAGCUAAGAUACGACAAAUACCAAGGUUCUGAAUACUUUAUUGAAUUGUACGCCAACGCUGAUUUCACACGGCAUCUCAGCUGCACCCGUAGAGACAUAGACAGUGUUUAUCUCGAGGCUAGUGGGGGAGAUGGAUGGUACGUUGAAUCUAUUGACACCUACACCGCAGGAUGGAACAAAAUCUACACUAAGCUGACCACUGAUCCAGGCUUUAGUAUGUGGGUGGACAACGAUGAAGAACACCUUUACCCAUACAACGCCAAAAAGCUCCUCCUUACUUAUGCUGUCGCAGGAUCUUGUAUCACCUAUGUACGUGUAAAUGCAGUGACGGGGACAAUGCAUCAAGCUGACUCUUCAUUUUCCUACAGUAAGCAUCAAAGUCACUGGGUAGUUCUCACUUUAUCAAACAACCAACAAUUUCAGGCCCAACUUGAAGGACCUAUGAGAAAAGGGGAAUCCUACGUGCGAGACCUGAACUUUGUUAACCGGUUUAGAACCACAAAGUGCGUGUCGUUAUCUAGCGUUAGAGAAAUCCACCUAAAAUCUACUAGCAACCACCAUUGGUACAUAUCAUCCAUUCGCACCUCUGCUAAAACUGGUGUGGAGCAGUACAUGGAUUUGACAAGUGAUCCAAACCUCAACAAAUGGCUUGGAGGGCGCCAUUUCAGAGAAAUCAAACUAAAUUGGGUACAUCAAGAGACUCUUAACUGUGAAUACGGAAAUCCAACGUGCGAAUGCAUGGAACACGCACAAGUUUGUAAAUUUAACCUUGAAAUUGACGAAAUUCGAACCUUCACCAGCUAUCAAAAGUUAUCAGUGGAUGAACCCACAGGAGUAGCCAUGCGAGGGUCCCAAGGAGUGAUUUAUUAUUUCCGUGACGAUGGGUCACCUACGCCACUCCAGGAUGGCAGAACAUGUUCAACACAGGACAACGCCAAGUGCACUAAUCCCCAGUUUGUUGACGGUAAAACGUACCGUUUGGCAAUAGCUGUCAAUGGACUAAUUCCUGGACCUACCUUGAUUGUCCACGAGGGGCAAAUGGUUGAGGUUCAUGUUCACAACAAUCUCACAACUGAGGGCAUUUCAAUUCAUUGGCAUGGGAUGCAUCAGAGAGGAACACCUUGGAUGGAUGGUGUGGGGCAAGUGACUCAAUGCCAGAUAGGACCCUCAUCUACCUUUACAUACGUGUACAAAGCUGAACCUGCUGGCACGUUUUGGUACCACUCUCACAGUGGCGCACAAAGGACAGAUGGUUUCUUUGGUGGGCUUGUAGUAAAAGAAAGUCGUGACAAAAUGACACGGAUCCGAAAGAAACUCAAUAGGCAUCACGCCUUUGAAGACCUUCCAGAUCAGCACACCUUAACGCUUCUAGACUGGCAACAUGAGGCAUCCUUGGACCUGUUCACACAGAUUCACUCUAGCUUGGGAUUUUAUCAAGGAAAGCCGCUAGGCGAGGUGCCAACUAAAGAUGAUUUACAUCGACGGUAUGAAUCCACUCGUAGUUAUGAAGAAGGAGAGGUUGGACCUGUCCCAUAUUUUUCUGGAAUUAUAAAUGGCAAAGGCAGGCAUGAUGAUAUUCCAUACAUCAAAACAAGACUGAGUAUAUUCACUGUUCAGGCCGGGAAGACAUAUCGCUUCCGGCUCAUUGGAGCCCAAAAUCUGUACGCUUACAAAUUUUCCGUUGAUGGUCACAAGCUGACUGUGGUGGGCACUGACGGCUACUGGAUUCAGCCUGUAGAAAACGUUGAUUACAUCAUCAUCCACACGGGAGAGAGGUUUGACUUUUUACUCGAAGCAACAAACACAAUAAAAGACUACUGGAUGCGUGCAGAGACCCUGGAAAUUGAUCGAAGUUGUAACGGGCCCCCAUACAAGUCAUUAGGACAUGUGGCAGAAGCUAUUUUGCACUACCAACGGAAUGGAGACUCACCUGACUCGAAUGUUAAUGUACCGUCGACAAGAUAUGAAGAUAUAAAACAAAAGUCUCCUCGACGACAUUGCUCCCGCAACGAUCCAUGCAAAGCAAUAAAUUGCCCAUUUAAGAACUUCCAUCCACUUUACCAUAUUACCUGCCUUAAUAUUCAAGAGUUGCGUUUACUUGAGCCGACUCCACAUACGGAGCUUCCGAACGCAAACCCUAAAACCCACUGGCAAUGUCCAAAGUGUCGACAUUUCAUCAACUUCAAUUUCGAGGGUGACUCUCAAACUAGUGCAGUGAAUGGGCGCAAUUUCAUUCUUCCCUCCUUUCCUCCUCAAACCCAAAAUGAAGAGUUUCAAAAAAAGGACAAUAUUUGUGACCUGAAUGCCAAAUGCAAUCCAUCAACACCUGAAUGCUCGUGUGUACAAGUGAUAACCAUUCCACAUCAGGAAACCAUUCAACUCGUGUUUUCAGCAAUUGGUGCUUAUCACAAUGCUCAUCCAAUUCACCUUCAUGGCCACACAUUUCAUGUUGUUCACGUCGGAUAUCCAGAAUAUGACCCAACAACUGGUUUUAUCACUAAACACAACAGUGAUAUAUACUGCGAUGAUGUUAACUGCAAAAAAGAAAAUUGCGUCAAGGAGAGAUGUACCAGACCACGGUGGGCUCAAGACAACAAGCGCUUUUCUAUAGAUUCCCAUACGAUCAGAAAGGACACAGUUAUGCUCCCUGCGGGAGGAUACGUUGUUAUCAAUUUCCUCUCCGAUAAUCCAGGCUACUGGUUUCUUCACUGCCACAUAGAGGUGCACCAGCUCGAAGGAAUGGCGAUGAUUGUCAAUGAAGCCCCGGAGGUUCAAAGCCAAUUACAACCACCGCAAGACUUGAACAAGUGUGGAGACGUUGAGAUAAGUGUCCAAACGUAUCAAAAAUAUCAAUCAAAUUUCCAAAGAAUGCACGCUUAACUGCCAAAGGAAAGGUCUCAGCAUUCGAAGCAGCUGUUAUUCUUAGCUACUGCUACUUUUAAAACUACUGAUUAGAAAACAUUCAAUCACAUUACAUGUGCGAAAAGUGGUCAGUACUUUCUGAACCUCUUAAGAAACACGCGUUUCUUUUCCGUUGUCGACUCGUCUCUUUUAAAAACCAAAACGUUCUUUCUUUUACACAAUAAUGUAACGCAAUUUUACAAAAACCAUGUUAAAUGAGUGACAAACACACAUGAAAUGCUCCUAAUACCCGUAUAUGCGCACACUCAUUCGCGUAUAUAUGCGUCUUACAACGCGUAAAUGCUUGUAAAAAAUUCUCAUGCAAAGCUAACAUACACGCGAGAGGUAUUGUACUUGUUGACGAAAUCAUGAGAACGUAAAUUUUUCACAGUCAUAGCGUUGGAAACAGAGUGGUAUUUUUGGGUAGAUAUUUCUCAGAUUUUUUAAAGAUAUAAGCAUCCUCAAAAACUGUUCUGACACCAGAUGAGUAGUGUUUUAGUAUCUAGUUUACUCGGUCAUUAAAUUUCCAGAGUCAUUUCUAUGCAUUUUCUUCGGCAUUUCUUUCGAGGUCAGUAGGUAAUAAUCAUUUAAAAGUGUUAGUUGUUGCAAAUAUUAGCCAAUGAAAGCUGACGCCCCUCACCCUAAGCAGGGGGGGAUGAUGGGAAAUUCCUCUCUAACCCUACGUAUUUAUACUUUGUUAGAUUACUUGCCUAUACAUGUACCCAGGUUUAGGUAAUCAAAAACACUAGUCAUUUGUAACCAAAAAUUAUCCUAACCAAUUUAAUGAGGGGGUAGAUUUUAUUUCGCGUUAAAAGUAAAUUUUUUAGCUGAUUACCAAAAAGAAAAGAGACUUUCGUCAGGUUCGAAGGUUUUAGUCUAAAGGAGGGCAUUUUGAUUGCUUGACAAUCAGUUAGUAGUACUUUUAUAGAUACGCCUCCCUGAAUUUUUAUUACAUCUUAGAGGGUGUGGUAAAAAUGACCUACUUGAGUUUUGUAGAUUUUUACUGAUUCAGCAUUUUGUAUUUUUGACUAAACUGAGAUAUUUCAGGUACUACUCAAUUCGCCAGUAUAUUUUUUAUAUACCUAUAGGCUUUUUCCAAUUGUUUUAUUGUUAUUUUUUGUGUGUGUAUUUAAUCACAAUGAUACUUAUUAACAACAUUCAAUCACAAUAUUGGUUGCUUUCGUCAAAUUCAUGAGUAAGACAUUACAGAUACUCAGAAGUUAUCGAGUUGUAUUAUCUAUGGUCAUAUGCUUCGCUGAAUGUUUAAUUGCUUUGCUGAAUAGAAGAUUUAUAUCGGAGCAGUUUCAAUGGCGUGUCAAAAAAACCAGGACCAACGUCAUGACAACAACUAAACAGAGCAAAUGUUGACAUUAUUAUUAACCAAUGAAAACUCAAGCUAGAAACAAGCAACCUACUCGAAGCGCGGCAAAACGAGAGCGACCACGUCGUGAUUGGAUUUAGUUUUGUAUCUAAGUGGUUGAGAGUGGCGCGAGAUUUCUGCACCAAUCACAGAGCGAAGUAAAGCAAGAACAAAUUAUUUCCGGUUUGCUUUUGACACACAGUAGAAAAUUGCUUCACUAGUGUACUUAUCUAUCAUGAAGACAAAAGCAACUUUAAAAAAACAAACUCCACCACAUUGACAAUUCCAUGUAAAGUUUGCCAUCGAAAAUAGGUUUCCUGGUUGAUUUAAAUACCAGUUUCUAAUUUGAAGUCUUCAACUUUAACAGAAACAUUUUGCUAUUUACUUUUGACUAGAUCGCCUUGUGGAACAAUCAAAUGAAAUAUAUACAUUGAUAAUGUUGUUGACUGAUU